AUGACUACCUCUAUCGAACCGGAUUGGCCAGGGCUGCUCAAGAUCAGUACCGAUGGCAGUUCCUUCCGCAAUGGAAAGGCUGAUGCUGCCGCUGGCGUUGGAGUCUUCUUCGGUGUCAGUGACCCUAGAAAUGUCGGCGCACCUCUCGGCCCGGGUCCUCAGACCAAUCAACGCGCCGAACUCAUGGCCAUCAAGAUCGCCCUCGAGAAGGUCUCAUUGAGCCAAGACGUUCUCAUCCGCAGCGACUCAAAGUACGCCAUCCAGUGCGUAACGAAAUGGCACCGCGGCUGGAAGAUGUCCAGCUGGAACAAGCAAGAAGGCGAAUACUACGAGCACAUGGAUGUUAUCGAAUCGGUUGUAAUUCGCAAGCAAUUGAGGAAGAAUGUUGGUGCCAAGACGAAGUUCUUCUGGGUUAAAGGCCACAUCGGUGAUGCAGGAAACGAAGCCGCUGACAAGUUGGCCAGUCGAGGAUCUAAGCGCACCUGGUUUGACCGACCUGAAAACAAGAAGAACAAGCGCGAGAGUAAGGGAAUUCCUCGCGCAGCUGAUAUGCAUUGGGUGCGCGGGAGAAAGGUGGUAAAGAGACCGGAUGGGCAAGGUGAAGAACUUGUACAGUUGACAGCCGAAGAACUGGAGAUACAACUCGUAGAGUGGAAGGGUAAGAAGUUUACCCGAACUACCGUUGUUGACGGCGAUGGGAAGGACAAGACUGGAAAGAACAAGACUGGGAAGCACGAGAUUGGCAAGAACAAGGUCGUGAAGAAGACAUACAGCAAGAAGAAAUAA